AGUAGUUAGCUGUCGUCCAGAUCAACAAGCCUCUAUUUUGGAAGCAGUUUGAUAAACACUUACUGUUCCUCUGUUGAUGUCAGUCGCUAUCUGCGUUUCCAGCGAGACGUAUCACGCGUGAUCUGCGAUAAACCAGCACAAAACUAGCCAGCCACAAAGCCCCGAACCGAUAAGGUUGGAUGACAUCGGCGGUUGAACUUUAAGACAGCUAGCUCGUUUUUCUAUCAUUUCAUUCAGGCAAGUCUGUGACAGCGGAACAAGCCAACGUUGUUGUUUUUUUGAUUGGCUGAGUCUUUACAAUAUAACGUUACAGCCAAGCUAGCAAGAACUUUUUUGUCGUUAAUUUGACGACUUGUCACGUCGACCGACUUAUUUUUGCCAACCAUUCAGCUUAUUUUUAUAUGUCAAGCAGCCCUUUGUUUUGUUUUUGUCAACAAGCCGCCUUUUCUCGAAGAAGUACAUAGAAAACCAACACUAUUCAGCAAACAGUGUGCUUAAUAAAUAGGUAAUAAUAACGAGGACACAGAAACGUUAACGUUAGCUAUUGAAGAGGUGUUAGCGUCAGCCUUGACUAGCCAGCUAACAUUAACGUUACCUGAACAUUUUUAUCAUUAAAGAGGAGACUAUUUCAGCUUCAAAAACUGACUGGUGCUGUCUUCCAGACCUUUAACUUUUAAAUAGCCCGUUUGAGAACUUACACUGCAGGAGGAACUCUUUACCGUCACCUCUCGCCUUUUAAAAUAAUAAUAAUUGACAGAUCAGCAAGCCACCUGAGUGUUAGAAGGAGAGCCAGUGUUAGGACCUGAAGCAGGUUGUGUUACAGCCACGGAAUCCCUCAUCGGAUUGUUAUAUUAUCAGUGUUAUUGUUGAAAAUGGCGGCGAUCGGACUGGUGCAGAUGUUGAUCGAAGCGGCCGAGUACCUUGAACGCAGGGAAAGAGAAGCGGAACAUGGCUAUGCCUCCAUGCCGCCCUUCAUCAGCAGCAGAGAGAGGGAAAGCUUGAAAAGGAAAAGCAAAAGCAAGAAGAACACAAGUAGCAGGUCCACGCACAAUGAAAUGGAAAAAAACAGACGGGCACAUCUACGGCUGUGUUUAGAGCGCUUGAAAUCCCUCGUUCCCUUAGGACCAGAUGCUAACAGGCACACCACCCUCAGCCUGCUGAUGAAGGCCAAAGAUCAUAUCAAGAGGUUGGAGGAGAGCGAUAGGAGAGCUCAGCACACCGUGGAGCAGCUACAGCGGGAGCAGAGACACCUGAGGAGGCGUCUGGAGCAGCUGGGGGUGGAGAGAACCCGCACGGACAGUACCGGCUCCACUCGGUCUUCUGACAAGUCCGACUCUGACCAAGAAGACCUGGAUGUGGACGUGGAGGGGACGGACUACCUGCUGGGUGACCUGGAGUGGAGCACCAGCAGUGUGAGCGACUCAGGGGAUGAGAGGGGCAGCCUGCGCAGCAGCUGUAGCGACGAGGGCUACUCCAGCGCCAGCCUGCUGCGCCUGCAGGACACUCAGGAGACGGCCAAGCAGCUGGGCUGCAGCCUAUAGACAGCACUGGUUACUGACCCAACUCCCGCCUCCCGGCCUCAGCCAAUCCCAUCACAAGAUUGUCUCGCCACUUCCUGGUCCCGCUCAGACCUCAUCCCCUUCCCUCCCUCCAUCCCAACCAGGACUAAUCGAGUCUGAGGCCUCUCCUCCAGCCGGGCUUCUGCGGACUUCCUGUCCCCACGGAGAUUUCCAUUAAAGACUGCAACACCUCUGAGACAGCCGCCCACAUCCAGCACAUCAUCAGCGGUCAGUCUUUAGGGUGUCACUUGCUCUGCACCAGUCAGACAAGGAUUCUAAAGACACUCCACCCCUCCGUCCGUCAGAAACACAACUUUCAGCCAGAGAAUGUUACCACACAAUAUCCCACUGCCUCUUUUUCUAUGCCUCAAGAGCCAUGGGAAGCACUUGAUUUCACCCUUACUUCACACAAACUUAAACACACAUACACAUACCCCUCCAUCGCUCCUAGUUGUCCAAUGAGACAGAGUCCUCCCAAAAGGUGUGACGCUGACAUGAUGUCAGGCUUUCUUUCUGGCCUGCUCACCAGUCAGCCACGGUGUUUUGCACUUUCCGGUCUCUUACAAAACUUAAAGGCUCCCACUACAGCUGUUGCAGUAAUGUUGCCAGAUGAAGUGGGAAAACUACGCCACAGCUGUGCUGCAGAGCACAGCAGAGUUUGUGGAAACUAAACUAGACUGUGUGUGUUGUUUAACCGUCAGGGUCCGACAGCAAUACGCCCCUUAUUACCAAGGCUUUGGCAGGCAGGCUCAUAACUACCCUGUAAUUUUCUGUCCACACCUGCCAUUCAGAGGAAAAAGUAAAAACAAAAUCAACAACAACAAAAAAUUAGUUCAGCAUGAGAUUGUGAAGGGGCCGGGGUAUGUGGGAGGGUUUUGGGGUGGGUUUGAUGUUUUUUGCCUCUCUCUGAUGACUGUGGCGUUUUUAAAGCAUCCAUUUAUCAUAAUGUAUGUAUGUCACGUCUGAGCCUGGCGACGACAGGGGUCACUAGCAGGUUUGGAAACUUUAAACACCAGCCACCAGGCCGAAUGCUGGUAUAUUUCGGCAGGUGCUGGUAAAUUUUUGUACACUACUUCUUCACUGCCCCCUUCACCAGGUAUUAAUAGGAAGGAAAGAGCAUAUCCCCUGAGAGCAGUCGAGAGACUGGAGCACAUUCCAUUAUGUAGAGAGGACAGGCAGGUGAGAUUGAGAGCAUUAUUUUUUUGCGAGUGGAUGUUCCUGCCAAUUAUUUAUGAAGGGAGAGUUCAGUUUGAGACGAGCCGAGUCGAGAAACAGAAGGACUGGCUUUAACUUUUCAGUGGGAACACACUGAGAAAGGCCCAACUCUUUCUCUGUGUUCACAAAUGAAAAGCACCAAAAUGUUAAAACAACAGAUUUUCUCUCCUUUGCCUUGCCUUCAUAGCUAUUUAUUGUUUCUGCAAAAAAUGUACACCUUUAAAUGUAAAUAGUUUACAGAAAGAUCUCUAUGUCUAUCAGCAAAUGUAUUUAUUACAUAUACUAAAUAUCUAGAUGAAUAUAUAAAUAUAUUUAAUUAGUCAUAGCCUAUGUUCCUGUGAGGUUUAUUGAGAGUUUCCAACGUGUAGUUUGUUUGCACAGCCUAGUCAGUCCAUAGAAUAUUUAGAAAUGUUUCUUGUGCCUCGAGGCUUUUGUGUCUGUUCGACACGGUGCUCCUAGAAAAUAAAAUGUUUUCUUUGUGGUU